GCAGGAAGGGACCGCUGCGCAUGCGCACAGGGUGUAAACAGAGCAGCGUGGUACCGUAAAGCUGGAGUAGACCGACAGCUGAUAGUUAAAUGAUUAUUGAUGAGCUAUUGACUGAUAUCUGAUCACAUAUUGGAUCAUGUCUGCGUGACGCAGUUCCGGUUAAAAAUCGAGCCGAUUGUGAUGAAGAAGACCCAAAAUGGAGGACGUGAAGAAACGACUGGCUGAGUUUUCACUGGAGGCUCACGAUCUGUAUCUGAACCAAUCAGUGCCGUACUUGGAGGAGCCACCCGACCCACUGCAGUUCUACCGUGACUGGAUUGGUCCAAACAAGCCCUGUAUCAUCAGGAACGCCUUCAGCCAUUGGCCAGCUCUGUCUAGGUGGAGCCCAGAGUACCUGAGGGAGAAGGUGGGGUCAAAGGUCAUCAGUGUGGCAGUGACUCCUAACGGCUAUGCCGACGCCGUCAGCGGUGAUCGAUUUGUGAUGCCUGAAGAGAGACAAAUGACUUUCUCUGCUGUGCUCGACAUCAUCGAGGGAAAGGUGGAGGCAGGUGGAGGAGUGUUCUACGUUCAGAAGCAGUGCUCUAACCUGACGGAGGAGCUCCCAGAGCUCACAGAUGACGUGGAGCCUCACGUCUCCUGGAUGAGCAAGGCGCUGGGAAAGUUACCAGACGCUGUGAAUUUUUGGCUCGGAGAGGAGAGCGCCGUCACGUCCAUGCACAAAGAUCACUAUGAGAAUUUGUACUGUGUGAUUUCUGGAGAGAAGAACUUCAUUCUGCUGCCGCCCACAGACCGACCCUCCAUCCCCUAUGGUGAGUAUCAGCCGGCGCUGUAUCAUCAGCGAGAUGACGGCGAGUUUGAGGUCGUGGAUCAGAGCAGCUCUGAGAAGGUCCCGUGGAUCCCUUUAGAUCCCCUGGACCCUGACCUGGAGCAGUACCCCCAGUACCGGAGAGCCCGGCCACUCCGCUGCAGUGUGAAAGCCGGAGAGAUGCUGUACCUGCCGUCACUGUGGUUCCACCAUGUCCAGCAGUCGCACGGCUGCAUUGCAGUGAACUUCUGGUACGACAUGGAGUAUGACAUCAAGUACAACUACUUCCAGCUUCUAGAGACUCUGUCUGACAUCACGGACAGGUCAACGUGACAUCACAGCUGCUGCAUGAUGUCAUCGUGACCACAGAGCAGCUGGUUUAGUGUUUGAGUGUGAAUAUAAUGACGCAGCUGUGAAAUGAAGUUUAGUUUAAAGACUGAAGUCGGAGGAUAAUUAAUAUUCAUGUUUAACUGUCAACUACUAAGAGCUGAGUUUCACAGUGAAACUUCAAUGGACGAUGAUGAUUCACUGAUGACGUUCACUGUAAAAUGAAUAAAUCAAAGUGUGCAGCAGACAUUUUUUGAACACAUGAAUGAAAUAAAAACGGGUUGACUGUUGUUUUUAACCCAAAUGAGAA